GUAAUACUGUGCAUGUUGAUUGCGUAUACUUUUGUUUCUUUGGCUGUCAACGCAUACGUCUUUCUGUUCCGAAACCGAACCCUGUUCCUGUAUAUCGUCCACGCCCUACUACCUCUUGUGCUCGCAGCCUACCCACUAAGCACCGCGUCAUGGGUCACCAAGCAAUAUCAUUGGCAUCUGGUAGCAGUUGUGAAGGCGUGGGUCGAGUGUAGUGAUUCUGACUCUGACUCAGAAGACGAACGGCCUCUGAGCAUCACAAACGAGCAUGGCACCAGUAGAUUACCUUCUAACUACAGUGAAUCGCAGGCUCCUACUCUUAGGAUUCACAUGCCUGAUACGGGCCAUGUGAUUGUGAAUUCAGCUUAUGACAACAUGGACAGACUUCAAAAUGUACUUACUGGAUCAGCACUAUUCCUUGGCAAACUUCAGCACAGAAAAAAAAACCCAAAGUUUAAUUUUGAAAAGUAUAUCUCAUAUCUUGAUAAAGUUUCGAGGAAUGUUGGCUUCUCGAUCGGUGUGGUCCCGGUGACCUGGGAACUAGUGUCGACUUUGUUUUUCUUCCUCAUCUCGCUGAUUGCUCUGUUUGUACAGGAAUCCAUAUUUGGAAAAGCGAAGAGCACGAUAACGAUUUGAAAUUAUUUGAAUUUAUCAUUUGUGCCAGCAGAACUUUCUAGAAAUGAUAAUAUUUAUCUUAAUAACAAUAUUGAUGAUGACGACGAUAACAAUGAUAAUAAUAAUGAAGGAAAAAUGACCAAAAAAUAAGGAAAAAAUAAAAAUAAAUUCAUAAAUAUUUUCUUAUUGUUUUAAGAAGGGCUGAUGUACAAAAAAACUUCCCGGAAUGAGGUCGAAAAUUUUGUGCAUGUCCUAGCUCAGCUAAGGCGGCCGUCUUUUGCAUAAGAGCAUUAUGAAGUCGACAAUAAUUGAAAAUUUUAGCAAAUGAAACACCAAAGUUAUUUUCUCAUUCUUUUAGGAAAAGGAAUAUUCUAAUUCAAUGACCCAAUAAAAAAUCUGAUUGUCCUC